GCUAGAUAUUCUUCAAGAGCGCAUUAUAAUCACACUUUGUCACUUAGAGAUACUAUUUCCUCCAUCAUUUUUUACAGUAAUGGUUCAUUUAUCUGUUCAUUUAGUAGAGGAAGCAAAACUCGGAGGUCCAGUGCAUUACCGAAACAUGUAUCCUGUGGAGAGGGAAUUAGGUCAUUUUAAGCCCUUUGUACGGAAUAAAUCACAAUCAGAAGGUUGUAUAGCUAAGGGUCACAUAGCUGAAGACACUCUUACCUUUUGUUCUUACUAUAUGGAGGAUAUUGAAACAAGGUUCAAUAGACCUAGGCGUGUCCGUGAUGAUCCAAACUACAUUCAGCCUUCUGGAAUGUUGACUAUCUUCCCUCAGCUAGGUAAACCUGCAUCAGCUCCAGAAAAUUACCAUUUAGCUCCUAUGCAGAAACUACAAGCUCAUCGAUAUGUGCUUUUGAAUUGUUCAAUAGUCACACCAUUUGUGGAAGAAUUUAGACAACACAUAAGGAGGAGUUCACGAGGAAGAAGACCUUCACCUACAGAGAUAGAGAGGAAAGUUAAUAAAGAAUUUGUAGAUUGGUUCCAAAAACGGAUUAUGAAUCCAGACUCAAUAGACACAAUGUCUACUGAUCUAAAGUUUUUAGCACGAGGUCCAUCUGUAAAUGCAAGAAGAUAUACUGCAUAUAAUAUCAAUGGGUCUAAAUUUCGAACUUUGGCUCGAGAAGAAGGUCUGAAAACACAGAAUAGUGGAGUUUUCUUAACCUCUAAAACAUCAUGUGUUGCAAGUAGCUCUGAUGGAAAUUUAAGGCAAGCGGAGAUACCAUAUUAUGGGAAGUUAGAAGAUAUUAUUGAGAUCAAUUAUAAUGGACGAUUCAAGGUUGUUCUUUUCAAAUGUAAAUGGGCUGAUACUACUCGAGAUAGAGGGUAUCAAAAGGAUCGUUGGAAUUUUAAUUGUGUUAAUUUUGAUAAACUGAUUCACACGGGUGAACGUGAAGAACAUGAGCCUUACAUCGAAGCAUCUCAAGCACAACUGGUGUUCUAUGUGGAUGAUAUUGUCAAUAAAGGUUGGAGUGUUGCUGUGCAUCUAAAGCCAAGAGAUAUGUACGAUAUGGGAGAAGUAAUAGAAGAAGAAGUAUAUGAGAAUGAACCAUACCAAGAGCAAGAACUUGAACAGUUUUAUGCUGAUGGUGAUGACUAUGUACAACUAGCUACAGAUCAUAUAAUUGAUGAUAUAGUAGAUCCAAAUGUUGCUACUGACCUAGCAACAAAUGCAAUGUCUGAAUGAGUUUUAUGAUUACCAUUAAUACUACCAGUUCUUUUUGAAGUAUGUUUGGUGCUUAUGUGUGAUUUUCUUUAAUCUGAUUUGGAAUGAAUUUUGUCAUCAUUUAUCAUUCAAUGAGGCUUUGAUUAGACUAAUUCAAUCGAAGUUGAAAUUAUCUUUGUUUUUUUCUACGGAGAUUUUAGUUAAUUCAUUUUUUGAUUUGACUUUUCUAUGUUGAUAUGUUUUCUGUCAUUGGAUGGAUAUGCUUGCUUAACUAGAAAAAGGUUGAACUUUGAUUGGAUAAAGACUUCCUCAUAGAGAUUUAACUUUGAAUUUCUUAGGACUU